AUGGUUAUUGAGGCGCAGCUCAAGUCGAAGAAGAUGUACACCGAUCAAGUUCGGACCUUGUUCCACCUCAUGGAUGAGGACCAAUCCGGAGAACUCUCUGCCCACGCAUUCGAAGAACACAUCAAUGAGCCUCAGGUUGCGGCAUAUUUCCGGGCAUUGGACAUGGAUUUGAACAAUGCUUGGAAGCUUUUUACUUUACUCGAUCCCGACAACUCUGGCACCAUCGAUCUCACCGAGUUUGUGGAAGGCUGCUUGAAGCUUCGUGGCCCGGCGACCCGCUUGGACAUAGAAAUGGUGCUCAGCGUCGCAAGGAACACGGCCAAGAGACAGAACCAGCUGGUGGGCAAAUUGGAAAGUCUUGAGCGACGUGUAGCCAACCGGUGCCGCAGACCCUAUGGUGCAGGUGCACUUCAGCAGGAUCAAGAUGAAAAGUUUGAAUGCUGA